AUGUCAGCUGUUCGAUUCACCGUAUAUGCAUUUGCUCUAUUGGCCUUAAUUGAGAUCUCAUUAGCAUGUUUUGCUUCUGGUAUUUGCGGAGGCGGUUGUCCUCCACCUCCACCACCUGUUUGCAUGGGAGGAUGCGGGGGCGGAUACGCUUGCGGAAGAUAUGGAUGCGCUAGAGCUCGUGGUUCAAAAACUCUUACCAUUAAAGAUGAGAAAGAAAUGACCCCAGAUGAGAAGUUCAUGCGCUGCUGCGAGGAACGAAACCUCCCAGACUCGUGCCUUACAAAGUGCACUUUCCGUACAUACACCAAGGCUGCCCUUCAAGCUAUGUACUUUAAGCAGGACCAAUGUCCAAUGCAAGCUGCUGCUGAUAUUCAAUAUUGUGCGGCUCAGGGACGAAACAUUACUCAACUUGAUAUGAGCUAUUUGGCCUGCUAUGAUCGUUUUGAGAACAUGAAAGCUUGCUUCUGGCAGGACAUCAUGGAAAAAUCUGCUCCAGCUUUCUCUUUCAACACCGAUGAUGAAAUUUCCGUGCAGCCAAACCGUGGAUUCGCCCUUACUGGAUCAAGAACCUUCCAAGCAAGAACUUUCGGGCAGAAAUAA